AUGGUCACUCAAACCCAGCGGUCCCGAUUCGUUAAGACGGGCGCCAUUAUCGGCGCCCUGUUGCUUAUGCUGUUCUGGCUUGCUCCAUCGAGGGCCACAGUGUCUAACCUUGGACCUACUUCUCAACCAUCCACUGGCGGUGCACCUUUGACGGCAAAAUGCUCGAAACCCUCAGAUCCCUCCAAGCCUCUUAUUCAGUACGCAAUGAUGAUCGAUGCUGGAAGCCAGGGCUCUCGAAUUCACGUCUACAAGUUCAACAACUGCGGACCCACACCCGAACUUGAGCAUGAGGAAUUCGAGCAAACUGAGAAGAAGCAGGGCGGCUCGGGACUUAGCUCUUACAGGGAGGAUUCUGAAGGUGCUGCUAAGAGCUUGGAUCCUCUUAUGGCCGUCGCAAUGAGUACUGUUCCAGACGAGUACAAGUCAUGCUCCCCGAUCGCAGUCAAGGCUACUGCUGGACUGCGCAUGCUCGGCCCCGACCUUAGCCAGAAGAUCUUAGAGGCAGUGAGAACCCGCCUUGAAACCGUCUAUCCCUUCCCCGUCGUCUCGCGUGAGAAGGGUGGCGUUGAGAUCAUGGACGGCUCCGAUGAGGGCGUCUACGCUUGGAUCACCACGAACUACCUUCUCGGAAAGAUUGGUGGACCCGACGAGACCCCUACCGCUGCGGUCUUUGACCUUGGUGGAGGUUCGACUCAAAUCGUUUUCCAGCCUACAUUCGAUAAGAGCCCAUCUGGCGGUAUGCCGGAGCACUUGGCUGAGGGCGACCACAAGUAUGAUCUCCAGUUUGGUGGGCGCCACUUUGAACUCUACCAGCACUCCCACCUCGGGUAUGGUCUCAUGGCUGCACGGGAUGCGGUGCACAAGGCUGUCGUCGAGGCGAAGUUAGCUGCGAACCCAGGUGACCGCGCGUGGUUGAAGCAGCCCAUCUCCAACCCCUGCAUUGGACCCGGGAUGGAACGCGAAGUGGAGCUGAAGUACCAGGAUGAGCAGUCCAACCAUCCUCUCGCCCCUUCAGUUAAGGUCAAGAUGGUUGGCCCCAACGAGGGAGCUCCCUCAGCCGCUGCCCAGUGCCGCGGACUGACGGAGAAGAUCCUUAACAAGGAAGCUACUUGUGCCCUUGCACCAUGUUCAUUCAACGGUGUCCACCAACCAUCUCUCGAAAAGACCUUCUCGAAGGAGGACGUCUACAUAUUCUCCUACUUCUACGAGCGUACACAGCCCCUGGGUAUGCCCGAUUCGUUCACAUUAGACGAGAUGCAUGAUCUCACCAAGACUGUCUGUGCCGGAGAAUCCACAUGGAAUGUCUUUGAGGGUAUCCAGGGUGCUCUUGAGGAACUGCGCGACCGACCGGAGUGGUGUUUGGACCUUAACUUCCAGCUCGGUCUUCUUCACACUGGUUACGACAUGCCUCUGUCGCGUGAGGUUAAGAUUGCAAAGAAGAUCAAGGGUAACGAACUUGGAUGGUGCCUUGGUGCCAGCCUUCCCCUCCUAAGCCAGGAGUCAGGCUGGACAUGCCGAGUGAAGGAGAUCUCAUAG